UUAAGCUCUGCUACUGAUGCAACGCCAGAUUCCCAGACAGAUGCCUCAUCAGUGUCUUCACAAGACAUCCUAUCCCCACGUAGAAGCCCUCAGACGACAACAUGGCCAAAUCAAAUCAUCAUUCCACUUUUCUCUGUGGCAACAGAGACAGUACUGAUGAAUGCCAAUGAAGAGUUUGUCAAAGAUCGUACUGUGCUGAACAAUUCUCGGAUCCGAUCUGAAAUAAUGGAAAAAUUAGCUGACUACAUGUACAGCUAUACACCCUACCCCACAGGCCUUCAGAUAGGUGAGGUGGCAGAGGCUUUAGUCAGAAAGCAUCCAUGCCUGACAGAGCUAGGCAGUCGUAAUGGCUGGCUUGGAUGGAUGUACAGUCUUAAAUACAAGAUGGGAAAUUACAGGUCGAAGCUCCGAAGCCUUGGAUUUCCUGAGGUUGUCUGCAACUCACUUAAGAACAAGCACCCGGAUGACAGGUCUGCUGCAAAGAAUAUAAAGAAAGCACGGAAAGGAGAAGUGGUGUUUCUCCCACACUAUCCUGUGGGAGACAGUAAGGAACAACAAGAGCUGGACCGAAACCAACUAAUCACUGAAUCAAAGAAGAGAGAGAGCACAGUCGUCAAGGACUUGAUGUGCAGAACCUUUGCACAUAGGAGACAUGAGGUUGUCACCCUACAGAUGAGCAUCAGUGACAUCAAGGACAGAUGGCCCGCCUUGUUUGAUGUCUCGCAAGUUAGCGCAGAGUUUCAGAGGAUCACCACACUGAAUCUUGAGCCAAAAUUCAUGGCAAUGUUGGACUUCUAUACACCUAAACUGCUGUCCUUGUUUCAAACGAAGAAAGGUGCUACAGGAGAGAGACAUCGGGCACAAAUGAGUGUUCUACUUAAGAGUGGAAUCCCCAUUCAACAGACCCGUGAGGUUGUCAUCCGAUGUCUCAUCAAUCAUUUGGGAGAAGAUGCCAGUGCCUUGUUCAAGGACUUUGAGGAUGCUGCUGAUGGAUCUGCCAGUGUUCAAGAGGAGUUGGCAGAAGAGGUCAUGAAGAUUUACCUGCUGCGGAAACAAGAUGGGUCAUCGGAUGCUGGGAUUGUCAUUGAGGGCAACACUGUCCUCAGCAGUCUUGGAGAUGUUAGCAGGGCCUGCUGCUAUCUCUUGGGACUGAUGUACGUGUUAAAUCUGCAAUACCCCAAGAACCUCAAACAUAGUUUUGAGGUAUUCCAGAAAGUACUGCUGGAGCUGGAUUCUGGAAACCUUUCCAACAAGGUUCAGAGACUAAAGAAUUACCUCUGUAUGUAGCGACUGGCUACUGUUCAGCAAGAUGCUCUCUUAGUUAGGGAUUUUUUCAUUGGCAAGUCUGAAGUUUAGCUGAUGUACUGUUGUCUUAAUGUUUACAUAAGACUUAAGGUUUCCAUUCAUAGUGAAAUUGCAUGUUGGACUGUUCUUGUUUUCUGAUGUGGAACUUUAAUGUGAAAUAUCACUGUUUUUGGUGCAUUUCUGGAGGAUGCAAAAUGUUGUCCUUGGUGCAUUUUAGACAUGCUAAAUGUCAUUCUUCUGUUCAGACCAACCAGACCAGUCACACCCCCUGAGGGACUCAUUAUGGCUCCUGGUCACCGCCUGGUAGAGAGUUCAGUUAAAGCAACAAAAAGAAAACAGAGAUACAUAUGGAGGAUGUAGCUAUUUGUCUUUACUCAGACCCAGGAAGUGAAACAUAAAGACAAGAAAGACUAGUAUAAGUAUAUUCAUGUAAAGAUGCUUUAAAAGAGUUUUGAUUGGUUUGGCAAUGCACUUUGACUGUUGGAACUUGCAACUCAAUUAGCUGAAUGUAAUUAUAGUUAUUGUAUAACAUGGUAGACAUUUAUUCAUUCUUGGUGCAUUCAGCCUGAUGCUCACAUGGACACUGUCACAUGCUCAGAUGUGACAGUAAAACCAUGUUAAAAGAAACUAGAUAAUAUACCAUGAGUUGUAAUGCCAGUUGAGAUUUCCUGGUUGAGACCCCUUAUUAAGAGUUCAACUGUUUUUAUAGCAUGGACAUUUUAACAUGUCAUUUGCAAAGAUAAACUGUUGGAUUUAAACUUCAUGGACAUUUUAACAUGUAAUUUGCAAAAAUAAACUGUUGGAUUUAAACUUGAUUAGAUUAGAUUAGAUUCAACUGAGGGGGUCUCAACCUGGAAAUCUCAACUGGCAUUAGAACUCAUGGUAUAUUAUCUAGUUUCUUUUAACAUGGUUUAUUCUCGGCAGUGAGCAUGUGACAGUGUCCAUGUGAGCAUCAUGCUGAAUGAACCAAGAAUUAAUAAAUGUCUACCAUGUUAUACAAUAACUAUAAUUACAUUCAGCUAAUUGAGUUUGGAUUUAAACUUGAUGAUUUAUAAUUGUCAAAACAGACAAAUAAAUGUUUACUUAAAAAUGUUGAUGUGUGUAGA